AGAUGCCUCUCUAAAAGACGCGUGCGCUCUGCGAAUAGUCGCGAUCACAUUUGUGGCAGGAGUGUGUUCGUGACGAACACACGGAUAGAUUGCCGGCUGGUUGUGCGGCACUCGGGCGUGGUUUUUCACGUCGUCACGAUCCGUGCGCGCUGCUACCCGGGCUGAAGACGAGAGUACCCUUCUGAAUCCCUUGGAGUCCCGGAUCAACGGGGACCAGUCAGCUAACGACUAUUUGUGAAACUACAAGUAUGCGCGGUAUCACAUAUCUACACCGAUUGCCAAUCGUAUAGUCGUCGUGAAAUUCCAUUUAUAUUAAUUGUCAGGAUUGACGUAGACGAUUCAAUGAUUGUGGUCAUCGGGAAUUAAAUGACACGUCGCGCUGCGGUCAUCCUUGCACAAAAGAUCAUCGCAACAAGAGAUCCUGGUGAAACCAUUCGCACUAUGAUGCUCAUGGGAUUAGAAUCUUAACAAAAAUGUCUUUGACAACAGCAAGAUUUUUCUACAGAGACAUAAAAUGAAAUAUUAGAUUUUCGAGCACAGGGAUCGGUGCCAUGCAGGUUCGUUUAGAUGGGAAGCUGGCAUUGCUGUAUACUCUAUUAAUCUUGCAGGUUCUAAUUGUUAUGAUUUAUGUCGCCACAACUCCACCAGCAGAAUUAACUGUGUUAACGACUCAUGCAUCUGUCAGUUUCGUUAAAUUUGAAGCAUCGCAGGAGCUGCAAUUAAAUCAAGGCAAUCGUAAAAAAUCACCAAUUUAUCAGACAAUCAAUGGAGAGAUAGUAUUGAAAGAUGUCAAAACUUUUAGACUGUUUGAAAUAUAUAAUCACACAGUAUGUUGGAAAUUUGGAGUAAACGAGCAUAAGAUGAGAAGCAAUGAGCAUCUGGAAAGAUGUAUAUGCAAUCAAGGAUGGCAUGGCUGGGAUUGCGGACAACCUGAAGUUGUAUGGAGAGCAAUCAUGGCGUCGAAGCAGAAUAUUAGUCUGAAACGACGUAAAACUGCUAGACACAUUAUUCAUACCUUUUUUUUGAGUGAAUACAAUUCAGGCAUCGUCGAAGUGAUUGUAGAGGAACUCUACAAUGUGGUGGAUCUUUUUGUAAUUUGUGAUUUUAACAAUGCAGAAGAUAAUUUUCGGCAUAAACUGUCCAAAGGACUAUUACAGCAGGAGCAAAAGAAAAUCUUAUACAUUAACGUAGCGGCAAGGUCUCGCAAACCAUUAAGGAUAAUAUCGAAAUACGUCUGGGAUAGAAUCAAGAGUGUAGUACAGAACUUAAGGGAUGAUGACAUUUAUGUAAUGACGGAGCCCGAACAGAUAUUGAAUGCCAGGGCAUUAAUGUUCCUCAAAGUGUACGACGGUUGGGCCCAGCCUAUCGGAUUUAGAUUAAGAUGGUCGGUAUAUGGCUUCUUUUGGCAACAUCCGCUUAAGACAACGAUAACGCUUGGCGCGUAUACUGUCGGUUUAAUGCGUAAUGCCUAUCAAUCUAAUUCACUUGUACUACAGCAAUUGGACGGAGACACGAGCGAGAGAGAUAUUUUAGGAUUAGUAAUAGGAGAUUUAAAUCACUAUGGCGGAUGGUACUGCAAUCUGUGCCAAGCGCCUGCAAAUAUUAUUAUCGAUCUUCGCAACAAGGUGCGGUCUAAGGAAAUUCAUAUUGAAAAGACUAUAGAUGUGCCAUUUGUUGAAGAUCUAAUCGGAAGCGGACUGUGGUUGGAUGGUAAAACCAACCUUCUGAGAGCUUCUAAAUCUAGAGAUUCCUACUUUGCGCCUGAAACGAUUCUCAAUAACACAUGGAAAUAUGACUGGCUAGUAGAGAAUUUUUAUGCUAAAUUAGAUUAUUACUGACAUACUGGUCGCACCAACUGUGAUAUUAAUUUAAAUUCUAUACUCAAUGUACACUAAUGUAAUAUUAUAUACUGAAU